CACUCAUUUGAGAUCUAUAAUGCAAAAUUCUAGUUCGGAUUUGAUAAUCGAUCCAAAGAUAGGAUAUUCUUUUUUUUUCAUUUUUUUAUGUUCGACAAGUAAUAUAUUCUACAUUAGAGUCCAUCGGGUCCAUGAUUUUUGGACCCGGAUCCGAUGGGCUCCAUCCGCGACAUAUGUACUUUGCCGCCGCAUAAGAGUGAUGAUACAUCUUUUACAGUUACUAAGUGAAGGGAACGAUCUAUCCUCAACUUCGUUGAAGAUCCUCAAUUAUCUAUGGAUUGUCUGCUCUCAUAAUACAGAUGCACUAAUAGUCAGUAAACUAACUACAGAAGAAGAGAAAAGCAUUGAGCAGAAACUAGUGACAAAAUCGGCUGUAUUUUGUUUUUUAUACUAAUUAUAGUGCUGCAGUUUCCAAAAGUAGAAAUUAGCCUAAAAUUUUUGUCUCUAUUCACUUUUCUUACGUACAUAAUUCAUCUCGUAUAUCAUUUAGUACACAAUACACGCAUAAAAACUAUUCAUUUUAUGAGCACCGCAUUCUUAAUUUCAGCGUAACUCAAUUGCAUUCUAUAGUUUUUAGCUGAUAAUGUUGUAGAUCAAAUCAUAUUUAGACGAUUUACUGGAACAUAUGUGUGUAUUCAGACCUUGAAAGAAAGGUAAAAAACGUUUCACUGUGGUAAUCAACAUUUACUGUAAAUUAUAUUGCACAAUUGAAAGAAUCUAAUUUUUGAACAUUUGUGUAAUACAAAAAUAUUCCAUUUGUUCAACUUAUUGAAUCGUUAUUAUUUUCUUUUGAUCUACUUUUUAAUAAGAACAGUCAAUAAAACAAUAAGUACGAUAAAGAACAAAAAUAAGAGUAGAACAAUAAGAAAUAUUAUUUUACGUUUGAAUUUAAAAUCACAUAAACAUCGUAAACGAUCGUCGAUCCGCACCUGAAGGAGAAACAGAGUUAUCAACUACACAAGAACAGAAUUACUAUUAUACUUACAUUUUCUACUGGUUUGAUGUCUGAAUUUUGUUGAGGCAACGUUCGCUUUCGUCUUCUACAAAACGAUGGUAAUCUGAACCAUUUUCGUCGUCGUUGUCGUCGACUACGAGUGGAUUCGAUAGAUAUCGAUGAAGAUGAUGAGGAUAAUCUUGAUCUAACACUUGGCGGUCGUAUUUGUUUCGAUGAGAUGAUGGUAUGCGACUUCGGUUGGUCAUCUGGUACAUGCAAAUGUAUGACGGAUUUUUCGUGUGAAAGUGUUGGUAUAGCCGGUGGCUCUGGAGCAGUUACCGUUACCGUCGGACUUCUGUACAAUGUUGGUCUUACAAUCUGUACACAAUAGCAAAUAAAACAUAUGUUGCAGGAGAAAUUAUAAUCCAGUAGAAUUUAAAAUUCUCCUAGUAGAAAUUAAAACCAACAUAUUCACAAACACGAAAACUUGAUUAUCUGGCUUCAGAGCUCGAAUAUUAGUUGUCUGAAAAGCACUUGAUGUUGAUAGACAUCAGAUGAAGAUUAUAAACACUGACUGCGAAUCUAAAAGUCUCUAUCCGACUACAAUAUAGCCAUUAGUUCGAGUACAGGUCACAAAACGUCUACGGGUCAAAUUCUGCUCACAAGUCUGCUUGCGGUUUUCGGACUGACAGUCUAUGUUUAUAAUCUUUGCCUGAAGUCCAUAAACAUCAUGUACUUUACUCAAAAAACUAAAGCUCGAGCUAUAAAGUCUGAUAAUGGAGUUUUCAUGUUCGUGAAUAUGUUGAUUUUAAUUUCUACUUGGAGAAUUUUAAAUUCCACUGGAUUUUAAUUUCUUCUGCAACACAUAUAAUGAAUAUUAAAGAUUUACUUACUGGUAUCGUUUGACUAGAUUGAUAAAACGGUCGUAUUAAUGUUGCUGAUUGAAUGAAACGAUAAUUGUUGUAGGUUUGUACAGGAUAUCGAAUAGGUUUCAAAAUAAAUGCGGGACGAGCCGGAAAACCAUUUGGUACUAUACUCUGCACACUGGGAAACGAAGAGCGAUCCGUUUUUUGAGCUUCAGUAUUUUUAUUAAGAUGAUAUUUUUCAACAAAACAUUUAUAGAGUGAAAUCACUAUGCUGUGAUGUUCUUACUUAAGAAAUAGUUGUACAUAGCAAUAAUGGUAACAUCAUGCUGUGUUUUAGAGAUUUCAAUUAUAUUUUUAUAAUGAGAUCCAAAAACGCCCAGUUUUUUUCAAGUUUUGUUGAUACAAAGAGGGUCACGUGUAAAAAAUUGGAUAAAAUAAGUACCUUCGACUCCAGAAAUUUUGUAUAACAAUUUUUGUGAAACAAAAGCAAUCUUUCAGUCUUUUGUAUGCGAAGGGACAGACGACGCCACUAUCAGCUUAAACCGAAAUUAUGGUUCUGGAAACAUAUACUACCCAUUUUUACUCCUGAAGUAAAAACACGUUCAUCCUGCGGGGCUCAUGAUAAUAGUAAGUCUCUCCUACAUCUUUGAGUAUAAUAUAUCACAGACAGUAGCGUCCUCUCUUUUUUGUUUUUUACAGAUAUAACGUGAAGAACAACAAUUAUGAUAAAUAAAACCGUCCAAACCGCGAAAAGCCAACAGAACUGUGAUUUUUGUUUUUCCAGUAUGACUCACAAAUUACAAUUUUAUGGAGUUCAUUGUUUUAAUCUAAAUAAUGGUAUCAUUCAUAGAAGAAAGAAAAACAACGAGAGAUUUUGAGAGAAAUAAUAAUAAUGGAAAAAAAUCUCUUGUUCUCCUUAUCGUUACGAUUUUUUCAGAACAGAAUUGCAGAAAUAAAUCAGAGAAAAGCAAGGCCCUUAUUUAUACAACAGACAGAGACGGGUUUGAAUUUUCUGCAUGUGGAAAAUAUUAUUAUGACUCAUUGCACAUUGUUUUCGAUUGUAGAACACAUGAUUAUCUAAAAUACGGCACAAAUUCUACAAAAAUUGAUAAACAAUUUCAAAAAACAAGUUUUCAACUCUUUCAAUGGAAAGUCACUUAUCUCUAAUAAAAAAGUGUUGAACAAACUACAUCUUGUCAUACCUCGUCUGACUCGAUAUUCUGCGGAGAUAACAACUAUGCUGUUAGUUUCAGCACCCUGAUGAACGUCGUCAUGCUGAUAUAAAAAUUUCAAAAAGUUUCGAAAGUGUCGCCUUAGCGAUCAGUCAAAAAGCUAUACCUUCAACGAUUAUGACGAAAAAAAGCAGUAAAAACUUCCAUUUAGUGAGAAAAUCGCUUAUUUUACACGGUUCACUUCGAGGUUCUGAAUGUUAAUUUGAAUCAACAAAUCUGUACAAGAAAAGAUCUGUUUUCACCGAUAUCAUUGCAAAAUAUAGUCCAAACUUUGUAACAGUCUAGAAGAUAUAAAAACAGUGUAAAAAUUACUAAGCACAUCUGAUUUUGAUUUAUAAUGAUAAUUCUUUUUAACACUAACAAACAGGAAGACAAAGGUUGCUUCCUCAUUUCCACUAAUUGAUUCUAGUUUGAAGAAGAAAAGAAUUUUGAAAAAAGCUUUUUUGUGAUAAUUCUCAGAAAUUAUUUCCUAAUUCGGAUAUUUUCGUGCCUACUCUCAUCCGAAGUGAUUUUCACACAAAUGCAUUUUUUUACACAUUCGCAUAAUUCAUCGUUAUCGUAAUCUUUAUUUCAAGAUCUCUUAUCUGUUCGAAAGUGUUUUGUUUAUUUAUUCAUUUUAAAACUUUGAGCAGCUUUGUGCUUGCUUAUUAUUAUUUUCUCUUAUUUUGUUAUAUUUGUUCAACUUUCAUCUUCUUUAUAUCUGUGUAUGGUUCAUUCAAUGUUUAUGUAAGUGAGAAUAAAUUGUUUUCUGACAUAAUUGAGGCUUAAUAAGUAUUUAUUUUCUUUAGUUUGAUUAAACAUGAGCGAAGUAAGAUCAAUAAUAGACAUAAUCAAGUAAGACAAUUUUAAUUUUUUGUUUUAAAGAGACAAUGCUUGUUUUGUCGUGGGACUAGAACGGAUAAAAAUUCACGAUAACAGGCAAUUUAAAAGACGUUUUCUAAGUAAUUUUUUGUUUUAUAGCGAUCCGGCAGCAUUGGAUGCAUAUCUUCGCUCACCUGAUAAAAAUUCUACAUCAUCUCAACUACAUCAGCAGCAAAUCCCGUCACAAAGACUUGAAAAAUCCUUGUCAAGUUCAAUUCAAAAACCAACAUAUCCAUCCUCGUCGAAUACAAUGCCAAAUUCGAAUGAAAUGCGUUAUGAUCAACGAGUAUACUCAAUCGGUCAACCACAGCAACAGGCAAAGACAAAUUAUACUUAUAAUACAAAUAAUACUAAUAAUAACACGAACAAUAAUAUUCAAAUAACUCAAAAUACAUUCAAUAUAAACAGUAACUCGCCACAAUUUUCUACAACUACAACUUCUACACCGAAUCCACCUGCAAACAAUAUUAUUGUUUUAAAUCAACCAAAUCCUCAAAAUCGAUUUCCUCAACAACAACAACAGCAACAACAAUCUGUUCAAUCAGAUCAAACUUUUGGCAAUGUACUCAACCAAAUGAUUGGUUCACAAACAAAUGUUAACGUUAUUCUAAACCAAACAGUUAUUCAACAACCAUUGUCAAAUCAGUCUACGGAACAACCACAGCCGCAACAAUCUCAACCAACCACAAAUUCAUCUUCUCAACAAAUGGUUGCACUCAGUAUUAAUGGACAACAAACUCUAAUACCAUUAAGUACGCUUACCAAACUUUUACAACAAAAAUAUAAUAAUAACAAUACCGCUAAUGCCUCGUCGUCAUCAUCAACUUCUACGCAAUUGCAUCAGCAACAAGCACAAGGAGUCAAGUAUGGCUUGCAAUCAAUGACAGUUUCUCAAUCACAAGCAACUACUUCUCAACAACCACAGCAAAACAAUCAUAUUAUUUCAAACACUGCUUUUAGUAGUACAGACCAACAAAAAGUAGUUGACUCUUCUGCUGUUCAAAUUCAGUCAUUUGUAUCACCACAUCAAACAUCACAUAAUAGUACGAAUAAUAUUCAACCAGUUGUACAUUAUCUACAACAAAAUGGAACUUCUCAAAAUCCACCGAUCGGGUCAAUGAUUAUUCAAAAUACUUCGAACAGUUUACAACGUUCCGCAACAGUUACCAAUCCUAUUAUCACUAAUAAUCUUCGUUUAAUUAGACCAGUCAUAGAUGCAAAACCGAUAAUUAACAACACCGUACAACAAUUUAUAACACCGGCAAAUUCUUCCCUACAACAAUCUCAACUUCAAAAUCGUACAGUAUCGGUUUCUCGUCAACAACCACAAUUAUCAACACCAAAUACACAACAACAAUUCAGAAGUAAAAUUCAUCCACAACCAAAUGGUGGUAUCGUUUUGCAAUUAAAUCAAAAUGAUCUGAUAGCAUCAGCACCAACGUCAACAUCAUCACUUGUUUUGCCAUCAUCAAUACAACAACAGCAACCUCGUAUCGUAUUUGCGGCCACACCAACUGUACGAAAACAAACAACUUGUGAUAAUAAAACAACGAAUAUUAUCAAUCUGGCUAAUUUAAAAUUUUUACCAACUGAUCAACAACAACCGAAUACAUCAGUUCCAAUCCAAAAUAAUGUCAACAGAUCUAUCGCUUCCAGUUCAUCAGAUAUAUCUAAUUCAAUACGUCUGAAUGGUCAUAUAAAUGAUGUCAGUUCUAUCUCAAACUCAGUGACACCCGUUGCUGAUUUAUUGACAGAAUUAAUUAAUGAUUUACAAGAACGUGGCAAAGAACCAGAAAUGGCUAUAAUGAAAAUUGAUGAAUAUUUAAAAAAAUUACAAAAUCAAAAUACUCAAUUAAAUGAUAAAGAUCGUGAAUUUUUCGAACGUAUAGUAAGAUAUCGUGAAACAUUAAAUAAUGCUGUUGAACAAGCGAAGCUUGAUGGACAACAUCGAAAACGUCUAUUAGAUGCUACAUCAGCAUUACAUACUCUGUCAUCACAACGUCUAAUACCAACAACAUCAGUAGCAGUAAUAGCUAGAGAUCAAGUACAAGGAACAGUAGUAGUAAAAGCAUCAACAUCUCCUUCAAAAUCUUUUCUUCCAGUGACCUCCAAUGGCAGUAGUACUAUUACUCAGUCGUCAUCGUCGUCGCCCACAACAAUCAUUCAAUUACCAAUAGCGAAACAAAAUGAACUAUUGAAUAAUGUACUUAAGAAAUUAAAAUUUAUCAAUUUAGUGGAUUUACAAACCAAUGGGAUUUUACCCAAUGAGCUAAGUCGUGAACAAAAAAUUUAUAUUCAAAAAUUAGAGAUGCAAGUCGCACAAUUGCCUGUAGAUAAACAACAACAAUUUAUUCAUUCACAACGCGAUCUCGUGCCAAAAUAUCUAGCAAAACACAUUGGAACAAGUGCGUCAACAACAAUAAAUCUUAAUUCAAAAACAAAAAUUCUUUUUGGUACUCCAUCAGCUACCACCAAGUCAUUGCGUAUUACAAGUGCAGACUUACUAAAUCAGCAAUUAAAAAAAGAUCAUAAUGCUGUGUUGAAUCCCGAUUUUAAAUCUAAAUUUCUCAAUCGUACUGAUGCAAUCAAACGUCUAACACGCUAUCAUAUCUAUCAAAAACAAUUACCUAAUGAUCCAACGGUAAAAGAAUGUCAACAAUUCGAUGAAUCAUUUGAAUGUGUAUCAUCCGAAUUAUUAUUAUCCAUACAAAAUUUAAAAGAAAAAUAUUCAAAAUUUCAUUUUUCGAAUGAUCAGUUUGAUAAUUAUGCACACGAUUCAUACAUAUUGGAAAAAUUGCAUUAUGAUGACAUGAGAGAAGAAUUUGAAAAUGAAAAAUCACAAGCAGCUGAAAGAACAAAAAAACGUUUUGCAGCUGAUAUUCAAAAUACUCCAACUCCCGUUUAUCCUUUAACAUCUACAACCAUUAAUCAGUCGAAUGUCUCUGAUUAUUCAACCACAAGUGAAAUUGAUGAUUUUUUAGCAUCAUUAAAUUCCACAUCAGAUUAUUUAUCUGGUACAUCAUCACAAGAUUUUAUUGAAAAUGAUUUAUUCACUGAUGUUCUAUUGGAUCCAAACACAAUUCUUCCAUCUUCAAAUUCUUAUCUUUUCUAUACGUCUAAUACAAAUCAAUUUGAUUUAUUUGAUCCAGAUACAACAACAACAUCGAAUACAACAGCUACUGAUGAAACUCAAUUAGCCAUUAAUUCUAUAAUGGAUUUUGAUUUAUUUCAUCAAUCAGAACAAUCUUCUAUAACUACCACAACUACUACUACUAUUACUACUACUACUACUACUACUACUACUAUGACUAAUAAUACUCAGUUGACGACAAUGACAAGUUCAUUAUCUACAUUAAAUGAAACAUUUGAUGAUCAAUUUUAUGAUAAUACCUUAGAUACAACAUUAGAUGAAGACGCAUUAGCUGUACAGAAUUUAUUAGGUUAUUCAUGA